GCCGCCAUGGAGCCGCCCGCCGCGGGCCGGGGCCUCGCCGGGAGGGGGCGGCGGGGGGGGCCGGGGGCUAUGCGGGUCCUGGCCGGGGCAGAGGUGCGGGCGGGGCGGCGGGAGCCGUGCGCGCUCAGCCUGGCGCAGCGGGGCGGCCGCUACGGGAUCGUUAUCCAUUCGCAGGAGAGGGAGAGCGCCGAGCCGGAUUACAUCCCCAUCAACAGCCGCUUCAAGUGCGUGCAAGAGGCAGAAGAAACCCUGCUGAUUGAUAUAGCUACAAACACAGGCUGCAAGAUCCGGAUCCAAGGGGACAAGACAGCUGAGCGGCUCUUUGAAAUCCCUGAUGAGGAGCGUUGCUUGGGAUUCCUUUCAGAGGUGCAGAGCAUACAGGAAGCUCAGUUAAAAUCUUCUCUUCCCGACCAUAAGGACUCAACCAGCUGGCAUCAGGUGGAGAAAAACCUCCCAAGUCUUUUGCAGGCCUCUCCUUCAGGAGCUCUGGGGUUUGAGGAUGACUUCAAUGCUAUGAGCCUAGAGAAGAAAAGAAACAUGCAAAACCACCAAACGGGAUCUCGCCGGGAACCCCCACCUCCUCCUGUGCCUCCAAGCAGGCAAUUUCACCGAGAGAGAGAAGGUACAUCGAGGGACCAGCCCAAAGUAACCAACACUAUGCGCAAAAUAUUCUUGCCCAACACCCAGUCAGGGCAAAGAGAAGGCCUCAUCAAACACCUACUUGCCAAGAGAGAGAAGGAGUACGUCCACCUUGAGAACUUCAGAUUUUUUGUGGGAACGUGGAACGUGAACGGGCAGUCUCCGGACAGUAGCUUGGAGCCCUGGCUGGCAUGCGACACAGAGCCUCCAGACUUGUAUUGCAUCGGGUUCCAGGAGCUGGACCUCAGCACGGAGGCUUUUUUCUACUUUGACUCUUCAAAGGAGCAAGAAUGGCUGGUUGCUGUGGAGAAGUCCCUGCACCCUCAGGCUAAGUAUAAGAAAGUGCAAAUGGUCCGCCUGGUUGGAAUGAUGCUGCUCGUGUUUGCUAGGAGGGAUCAGCUGAGUAACAUCAGAGAGAUCAUGACAGAGUCUGUGGGCACUGGAAUCAUGGGGAAGAUGGGCAACAAGGGCGGCGUGGCGGUGAGAUUCGUGUUCCACAACACGACUUUCUGCGUUGUCAAUUCCCACUUAGCUGCUCACGUGGAGGACUUCGAGCGCCGAAAUCAGGAUUAUAAGGAUAUCUGUGCUCGGAUGAGUUUUGUACCCCCUGAUGUUACGCUACCUCAGCUCAACAUCAUGAAACACGAUGUUGUCAUCUGGCUAGGAGACUUGAACUACAGGCUUUGUAUCCCCGAUGCCAGUGAGGUGAAAAGUCUUAUCAGUAAGAAUGAGCUUCAGAAAUUGUUGACGUAUGACCAGCUGAAUAUUCAGCGUAUUCAUAAGAAAGCAUUUGCAGAUUUCACUGAGGGAGAGAUUAAAUUCAUCCCCACGUACAAAUAUGAUUCUAAAACAGAUCGCUGGGAUUCCAGUGGAAAGUGUCGUGUGCCAGCGUGGUGUGACCGGAUCCUUUGGAGGGGUGGGAAUAUAAAUCAGCUCUGCUACCGCAGUCAUAUGAACCUGAAGACCAGUGACCACAAGCCAGUCAGCGCGCUUUUCCACAUCGGGGUAAAGGUUGUGGACGACCAGAGAUAUCGAAAGGUGUUUGAAGAUAUCGUUCGUAUGAUGGACAGAAUGGAGAAUGACUUUCUUCCUUCGCUGGAGCUAAGCAGGAGAGAAUUUAACUUUGAGAAUGUAAAGUUCCGUCAGUUGCAGAAGCAGAAGUUCCAGAUAACCAACAACGGGCAGGUCACCUGUCACUUCUCCUUCAUCCCAAAGCUCAACGACAGACAGUACUGUAAGCCAUGGCUUCGGGCUGAGCCUUGUGAAGGUUACUUGGAGCCAAAUGAGAGUGUGGACAUCUCCCUGGAUGUGUACGUCAGUAAGGACUCCGUAACCCUUCUGAACUCGGGCGAGGAUAAAAUUGAGGAUAUUCUUGUCCUUCACUUGGACCGAGGGAAGGACUAUUUCCUCACCAUCAGUGGGAGCUACCUGCCCAGCUGCUUUGGCACCUCCCUAGAGGCUUUGUGCCGGAUGAGACAACCCAUCCGAGAAGUUCCAGUCACCAAACUCAUUGACCUGGGAGAAGACAGCUUCUUAGAAAAGGAGAAAUCCACGCUGCGGAUGAGCAUCCUGAACAGCGAGGAUGCAAGCGAGCUGCCGCUGCAGGUGCCGAAGGAGAUCUGGCUCUUGGUGGACCACUUGUUCAAGCACGCUUGCCACCAGGAGGACCUGUUCCAGACCCCAGGCAUGCAAGAGGAGUUGCAGCAGAUCAUCGACUGCCUGGACACCAGUAUCCCCGAGACAAUCCCGGGCAGCAACCACUCUGUGGCUGAAGCGCUCCUCAUCUUCCUGGAGGCUCUGCCAGAGCCGGUGAUCUGCUACGAGAUGUAUCAGCGCUGCCUCGACUGGUCGCACGACAGCCGGCUCUGCCGACAGGUGAUUUCUCAGCUGCCUCGCUGCCAUCGCAGCGUGUUUCGGUACCUAAUGUCGUUCCUCCGAGAGCUGCUCAAAUACUCGGAAGACAACAACGUCAGUGCCACCAUGAUCGCCACCUUGUUCACCAGCCUCCUCCUGCGGCCUCCACCCAACCUGAUGGCGAAGCAGACCCAGCAGGACCGCCAGCGUGCCACCAACUUCCUCUAUGGCUUCUUGCUUGCCGGGGACGAGGAGUGAUCCUGCCCGCAUGCCAAAGCCGGGGGGCCCCAUGCUGCCGGCCUCGUGCCCAGGCAGGGCCUCCGGCGGCUCCUGAAGGGCAGAAGGCUCCCAGCUCCUCCAAGUGCCGUGUUUACAGUUGGAAGGGAAGCGUUCUCCUCUCUCUCCCACUGCUGUACCCCACGCCGCAGAGGACCUGCGUGCUCAUUGCACUGCCAUCCGUGACAGGACCCUCUUGCUUUCUCCCCUGGAGCUGGCUGGAUCUGCUGGUACCCGGACGUGCUGCCAGCGGCCCGCUUGUCCCGUAGCCGUGUCGCCAGUUCCCCGACCCGCGCUUCUCUCCCCUUUUCACCCCCGUCUCCCUGCAGUCAUCGCAGGGAAGGGUGGAGGCUGCUGGUGCUUCUGGAGGGCCGUGGCUCAGCCUGCGGGCUGCAUCCCUGUGUGCUGGUGGGUACUGGUCGCACUGCUGAGAGCCCUG